AUGGACCCUCUAUCAAUGACCGCAGCAAUAGUGACGUUCAUAGACAUCGCCAAUCGAAUCGAAUUCUCUGUAGAUAGAUUAAGCGAAAGUCGUCAAACGCUCAAAGAUCUAGCUCGCCACAUUGUAAACGAGCUUCAGGAACUACGAGUACUGUGCCAGCGCCAGGAGGAACUUCACAGCGGUUUACCACUUGGGCACGACCCUUUGACCACGUCCUUGCAGAACUUGCACUCUGAGUUGAAGGCCGUUCUCGAGCGCUGCCUGAAACUUAUAGAGCCCCCGAAGCAUAGUCGCCUUGGGAUGAUCAAGAACAUGUUGAUUGCCUGGAUCAAGAAUCCUAAAAUCGAGGCCGAGAUAUCCAGGCUUAGGGACCAUGUUUCAUCUCUUCACAGGCAAUUCGCAUACAUCACCUCCAUGCGCCUACAGAACAUAGAGAAAUGUCUUCUCGUCGAUCAGAUGGAGAGGCGAGCGGGGAUGCAUCAAAUGGACCGCCUCUUUUAUCGGCUCUUCAUUGAUUCAUACACAUCUGGGACCAACCCUCCUCCGUUCAUGGACAACGCCAUGGACUCUCAAUUCCUCCGUUGGCAAGCGCAGAAGGUUGUAGACCUCCUCAGCUGUGUCUGGGCCAAGCGUGCCUUUAUACCUCAAGACUUUGACCGCGUUCUCGAUUUCAAGACGGGCCACUGCACGCGGGUACUUCCACCUCCCCCAUCGUCAUCCGAAUUCCCCGAGGCGAGUCGUAUACGUCUGGUGGCAACCGAGGUCUUCCAGACCAUCCAACUGCUCGACUCCGCGCCUUCCGAUAUCUCUAUGCUGUACGGCGCCAGGCAAUUGCUAAGGCUUGACGCGUACCUUUGGGAAUUGGGGCUGAGCCAUCACGCUGCCGUAGUGAACAACUGGAUCAUCACGAUCUACCGCCGCCUUGCAUCGUCGCACCGUAAGUUCACGCCAUGCGUUUCGCACGCUUUGGGAAACCUUAUAGUGUUCGGUUCUGGGACGCCCGAAUGGCUGGAUAUAUGCAAAUCAACCAUCGUCAUGAUAUGCAAAGAGGUAGUCGACACACACACGGACGACGUCGGGUCUUUGUGCAUCGCUGCCACCAUGCAUAGAUAUGCCAGCAAGCUUGCCGAGUACGGCCUCCACGACUACGCCAUCGAAGUUGAGCGGCAAUCACUCGCGUUACAACGGAGAGUUCGGUUAGUUUUGGCACAGAGUGGGGAGGUGCAAUCGGGCCUCGAGUCUAAGGAGGAAUUUUACUGGGCUACCUACCUGGAGGCGAUAUGCUUGGGGCAACUUGCGCAGAGUUUGACUGCUACUUGCCAACACCCUGAAGCCCUCGUUAGUGGCAACGGAGCGAUCGCUUGCACCCAGGCCUUGGCAGGCUGGGAUCUUUAUCAUCAAUUGCGAAUGAACCGGCUUUCUGAGGACGUUCGCAACCUCCUCUUUGACUGUACCAGAGAAAUUGAUUCUUCUGCCUCCAACGAUGAUAGAUGCCCUGAGGAAUAUUACUCAGUGAGAUCGCACUCGAUAAUAGGCGAGGUGCAUUUUACGCAUUCGUAUAUGGCUUGGGACUCGGGCUAA